AUGGAAGAAAUUGGUGGUGGAGAAACAUGUCCCUGUGAGGCUUCAAGUAUCUCUGCAGCCUCUGAUGGAACUACUACUCCAUGCCAAAAUCACCAUGCUCACAACAAGAAGAUCAUGAAUAACAUGAAACUCAAAGAAAAACUACUUGUCAAAUCCUCCUCCGAUAUUAAUGAUCGAGCAGAACUCCAAAAUCCCGAAUUGAGUUCUCGAGUUCUACUCGAUCUGAAGCUCUGCAAUGAUGAAUCGCUUCAUGGUGGUUCAUCGUCGAAGCUAGAACUCAACCUUUUCAACUUCAUGAACAACCAACACGUUUCUUCCCAUGCAAACAACAACGAGUCUUCGGGUGAGACAACCCGAGAGAAGAGAAAGGAAUCUAGGGUGUUCUCAUGCAACUUCUGCAAGAGAGUAUUCUCUACCAUUCAAGCCUUGGGAGGCCAUCAACACGCACAUAAACAAGAGCGUGCUUUGGCGAAACGACGCCAAGGAAUGGAUGUGGGUGCUUUUGGACAUCUUCACUUUCCUUAUUAUCCUUCUUCAAACAUAUCCAGCCACCCUCUUUUUGGAUCUUUCAAUAGGUCUAUUGGUGUUAGGAUGGAAUCAAUGAUACAUAAGCCUAAUGCUUAUCAAUGGCCAACACAGGCUGGAUACCGGUUCAACAACUAUAGUGGAGGUGGCCUUGGUAUUGGUGUCGGUGGUGUUGGAUGGGGGAGGCAGGCUACCAUGAAUCCACAACCUUCCAUUGAUAGACUAAACCUUGAAGGGUUUCAGAAUAAUCAUAUUGGUGGUGGAGGAUUAGGGCCUGCAGGAACUUCAGCCUCUAAUAAUUCUUCUUCUUCAAGGUUCGAAGAAACUAGUACAAUUCGGAAUUUGAGUGUUUCUACUACUACUACUACUACUACUACUAAUAAUAAUAUUGUUUCUGGUUCAAGCAUGGUGACCAAUAGGCCGACAGGUUCUGAUUUUAUCCGGAGAAGUGAAGCUAUGAAAACUGAUCAUGCUGAUGUUCCAGAACUUGAUUUGUCUCUCAAGCUUUAG